AUGUCUCCACCUUGGACAUCCCGCUUCGAGUCAAACCCCCUUCCAUCGGCGUCAAAGCCUUCCAAGAGUGUCUCCUCGUCUCCGUCGUUGGCCCAUGAUGGCAACAACCUACCAAAAACUCCGCUAACAUAUCGCCCCGAAACCCCUCAAGCUCACCCUCACAGCUUUCAAGAUACCUCUUCCAUGUCGACUCCGCCGCGUCGUACCCAUACGCGCUCAAUUAGCCAUCCAUUCCCCUCGUUGUUUGGCUCUGGGAAGAAAAGACAACAGCCAGCUGGUAGAGAUGCAUGCACAGACUUUUCAGAUGACGGCCGCGUACAUCCUGGGCGGUUGUCGAGGUCGACCAGCCCGCGGAAGGAGAGGGUACAUGCCAGUGGAGGUGAAGAGUAUGUUUCGCGAAGGUGCAUCACUUGCGACCAUACCAAUGCAUUCCCGCGUGGCAUGAAGGGCUUCAGAUGCGGCAAAUGUACCGCAAUGAAUGACCUGGAGCCACGACACGAUUCUUUGAAUGCCCAGUUCGGUAAUGCUGAUGGCCACUCUGUUCCGCACUUUAGACCAAACGUGCCGUACUUGUCUCUUGAAAUUACUCGGGACAUCAUUGAACGAUGUCUCUCUUCGUAUCUACGGUCGUUUUUAGAUGAAACCGAAGAACGAGGCCCCGGCCCCGUUGUCGCGCCUCCAUUUUCGGGCAAGUCCGCCGUGUCUGACGCUUCCCACCAGGGAAAGGCUUCGGGUGCCAAACAAUUCCCUGCAAGAAGUCCAUCUCCCUCCCCAUGGUCCAAUUUCGAAACCUCGCGUUCGCACUCCCCUGGCUCUCACUCCCCUGCUUCUCGAGUGUCUUCUCUUGGAAAUGCAAGAGAUUUGGAAGGCGAUAUGCGGGGAAUGUCUCUGUCCGACACGGAAAAACCAUCACACCACGCUAGACACAUUCGCGGAUCGGACAGUUUAGUUGUGCCGGAUGGGACGCGUGCUGUUUCACAGUCUAGCCAAUGCACAUCUGGCAAUGAAAACAGGCCAGGUGUAGGUCGGUCAGCGUCCAUAUUUCGCCCCCUGGAAAACUAUAUUAACGCUUGCUUUAACGGCUGUGAUACGAUCAAUCACUCAUUUUUGACCGUAAGACCACACCCUCCUCGAGUGGCAAGCGAGGGAAAUCCAACAUCGACAGGCUUACCCGCUGAUUCACCUACUAACCCUCUGUCAAGUCCGCCUGUUUUUCAAUUUGAUGCAAAGACCCUUUUGCUCAGUGACGUUGCAGAGAAUGGCUCCUGGUGGACGGGCAACCGCACGCAUGUUAAUCGUUCAAGUGAAGACUAUCCGAAGGACAAAGCUUUCGGAGCAAAUAGCGGAUUGACUAGCUCAAGGACUCCGCGUAUAAAUUGGGCUGAUCUUGCUGGUUGGUACCAAGAGCUUAUCCACGCUGGUGAGUCCUGGACCCAGAAAUGGAAAGAAAUGAGGCCAGAUGGAACAGACAGUCCGGAAAAGAUAGCGCUGGCCAAAUUAUGGGAUGCAACCGAUGUUUCUGUUCUAGACCAAGAAAUUAGGACAUCGCGACGACAUGUCCAAAUUGUCCUUCUAAAAGCUACGGAAAACUUACUCCAGAGACCAAGGCGCCCCCUGAAGCGUCCGGAAGAUAUUAGAUUUCUAUUGAUUUUGCUUGCAAACCCGUUACUCUAUUCCUCCAGCCUGAGUGGCAACCCACAGUUGGCAUCAAUUUCCAAGACUCAAAGACGGCCUGAACGCCAUCGGCCUGAAGACCGUGGAAGUCCUGCGAGCAAUGCCGCCAGACCAGUCCUCCACUCGCGUUCGGCCUCGAUUUGUGCAUCAGGCGAAUUACCAGACCGUCGCCCUCUUAUCAUUAAAAGGAUUCUAGGCCUGCUCUCUAAUUUGCCCACGGAAUGUCACCACAUACUCGUUUCCUGGUUUUCGAGAUUUUCCGAGAGUCAUAUCCGCCGCAUUGUUGAACUAGUAGGCAGUUUUGUCACGUAUCGCUUGAAUAGAGAACAGAAGCGGCGACGGACCAAUCCGACCAAACUCAGAAAUGGAGACGAUUUGGAUGACUACGUUCCUACCUUUUCAUCUACUGGUAGCACGACUCCCGCCCAGCUUCAUUCUGCUAUCAACCGCGAGAAUGCCCCAAAAUCUCCUGAUGCAACUCAACAGGCCAUUACGUACAGUAAAGAUUGGCAAAUCAGAGCGGCAGCAAAGGUUAUGGCACUUCUAUUUUGCGCGAACAAUAUGACCCACAGUCGGAAACGUGACGGAGUACGAACUGGAGCGGAAGAGGUAUUGAGACCCGAUGGCCAGAGCAGCAGGCACCUUAUUCCAAUAAGCACGUUUUACAACACGCUGCUGGAUUAUUCUGAUCUGAUUGCAGACUUCGAUGCAUGGGAGUCUCGCAAUGGUCAAUUUUCAUUUUGCCAGUAUUCAUUCUUCCUGAGCAUCUGGGCGAAGAUACGCAUUCUCGAGCACGAUGCUCGACGACAAAUGGAAGAGAAAGCGCGAGAAGCCUUCUUUAAUAGUAUUUUGGGUCGAAGAGGAGUAAGCCAAUAUCUAGUGCUGAAGGUGCGAAGAGAAUGUCUAGCAGAGGAUAGUCUGCGCAGUGUUAGCGAGGUGGUGGGUACUGGACAAGAGGAAAUCAAGAAGGGUCUGCGGAUCGAAUUCCUUGGUGAGGAGGGUGUUGACGCUGGCGGCCUGCGGAAGGAGUGGUUUCUCCUCUUGGUUCGAGAAAUUUUUGAUCCUCUUCACGGACUUUUUGUUUAUGAUGAGCAAUCGCAGUAUUGCUAUUUCAAUCCAUUUUGUUUUGAGUCAUCGGAGCAGUUCUUCUUGGUUGGAGUGUUGCUUGGCUUGGCAAUAUACAAUUCCACAAUUCUGGACAUCGCCUUGCCGCCCUUUGCCUUCAGGAAGCUUCUUUCCUGUGCACCUUCAAAUAAUGUGCCCGCCCUGUCGACUCCCCAACAGGUCUUUAAAUGCACUCUACAAGAUCUCGCGGAAUAUCAACCCGCACUUGCAAGGGGCUUGCGCAACCUCCUGGAAUAUGAUGGCGACGUGCAGGAGGCAUUUUGCCUGGAUUUUGUUAUUCAAGUAGAUCGAUACGGGAAGAAACUUGAGUUGCCGCUACGCCCUGGAGGAGAAAAGAAACCAGUUACCAACUUCAAUCGUCGUGAAUAUGUUGAUCUUUAUGUCAAGUACCUGCUAGACACAGCAGUGGCACGCCAAUUUGAACCCUUUAAACGAGGGUUUUUCACUGUUUGCGGAGGAAACGCCUUGCACCUCUUCCGCCCUGAAGAGAUCGAACUUCUAGUACGUGGUUCAGACGAACCGUUGGAUAUCCCCUCGCUGCAAGCCGUCGCAGUCUAUGAGCAUUGGCAAUGCGAAAAGCCCGAACAGGAACCCGUGGUGAUAUGGUUCUGGGAAUUCUUCGCCAGAGUCUCACCCGCCGACCAGCGCAAGAUCCUCAGCUUCAUCACCGGAAGUGAUCGCAUUCCUGCUAUGGGCGCGACAAAUCUUAUGAUUCGUCUUGUGUGUCUGGGGCAGGAUUCGGAUAGAUUUCCGACGGCCAGGACGUGUUUUAACAUGGUUGCGCUGUAUCGAUAUACGACUCGGGAGAAGUUGGAGGAGAAAUUGUGGAGGGCUGUGGUGGACAGUGAGGGUUUUGGAUUGAAAUAG